AUGAAUUCGAGUUAUUUAUUUAAAUUACCGUUUACAUGUCCAUCACAGUUCCCUAUCUUCACACGUUCAAUUAUCAGCGUGGUGUUUUUUGGGAGCGAUCAUUAUUCAUUACCUCAUUUACACGCCUUGGAAGAGCGUCAAUCUCAGCAUAAAGAUAUUCGAUUAUUGUUUGUGGUUACUACCUCGGAUAAAACUCCUGUUAGAUAUCAUUGUAUUCAGAAUAAAAUAG